AUGAAAGGACGCCCCAACAUUGCAGGAUCUCGCCUUGAGGCAACGGAGUUCAGGGCCGCCAGAACAGCUAUCAUAUGCUACAUUCAGCAUAUUCACUUCAAAGAAGCUAUUCAAGUCCUCAAGGUGGGCAAGUUUACUAAGUCCAGUCCCCUCUACCAUCUGGAGCCGGCGCUUGAUGGACAGGGCAUUCUCAGAAUAGGUGGACGUCGCUUGGAAUCAGAUGGUGGAGAAUCACCACAGGGCCCUACAUUCAGGCCGGGGCAUACCUUAGCAAGCCUGCGGAGACAUUACUGGGUGGUUGCUGGUCAGCCCCUGGUUGAUCGUAUCUUACGGAGAUGCUUCCUAUGCUGCAGAGUCAACAGCAAAUCACUGACACAACGUCAAGGCGAAUUACCCACAGAACGCAUCACUGCAGGGAAGCCCCCAUUCUCUUACACAGGAGUAGACUGUUUUGGUCCUUUCCUGGUUACUUGCUUGCGGCGAACAGUAAAGCGCUUUGGGUGCAUCUUUACUUGCCUUAGCACCAGGGCAGUACAUAUAGAGGUCCUAUCUUCCCUUGAUGCGGACGCAUUCCUCAAUGCCCUUGUGCGCUUUAUUGCCAGACGCGGGACACCAACAAAGUUGUUCUCCGACAAGGGUACAAACUUUCAGAGGGCAAACAAGGAUCUUCAGAUGGCCAUCCGGCAGUGGGAUGCACAUGCCAAGCUGCAAGAGACAUUACGAAGGCGUGAAAUCGAGUGGAUCUUUCAACCUCCUACGGCUUCACACAUGGGUGGUGUUUGGGAACGCCAGAUCCGCUCCAUAAGGAAGAUUCUAUCCUCCAUCAUUGGCUCACAGAAAAUCGAUGACGAGAGACUGCAUACAUUGUUCUGUGAGGUCGAGGCUACGCUUAAUAGUCGUCCAUUAACAGCCGCACCUAGCUCUGCAUUGGAACCGGAGGCUCUUACACCAGAUCAUCUCCUGCGUGUUGGCUCUGGCACCCAUCUGCCUAUAAAGGAUAUGUCCUUUGAAGAAUCCUUCCGCCGCCGUUGGAUCCAUGCACAAGCUCUUGCGGAUAGAUUCUGGAAGCGCUGGAGCGCGGAGUAUCUUCACACUCUCAGGAUGCGCCAACGCCAAAUUGCUCCUUCUCGCAAUCUUCAGGUUGGUGAUCUGGUCCUUGUAAUGGACCCAUACCUUCCCAGAAACCAGUGGCGCCUUGGCCGGAUCACUCAAACCCUCCCCGGGGUAGACGGGCUGGUUCGUAGGGUUCGCCUCCGUACCAGCUCUGGGGAACUCCUUCGUCCUAUUGUCAAACUCUGUCUUCUAGGGGGCAUUGUCUCGGCUCCCUCGGCAACAUCGUGUACUGUAUGA